AUGUCUGCACAGGAAGCAGUAUACCACGUCCUUGGUCUACCACUUUCAUUGUGCAGUAGAGCUGUUGUUUACAUUAACACUGCUCCGCAAAAAGAGCGCGUUCGAAUGUUGAAAAAUACAAAUUAUGAUGAGAAAAAGAUUACAUAUAGCACUGAUAGCGAUGACGAAUAUGAUGAAGAGAUUGAGAUUAAAGAAAGGAAAAAGCAGAAAGUUAUUCGAUUUCGAAGAUAUAAAUUAAACCAGGAUAGAUAUAAUUAUUUCAGAGAACAAGUUUUGCUAUUUUGGCCAUGGAAAAAUGAAAGAGAUGAUGUAGAUACACAAGAUUGUGAAAACAUUUAUAGUAAAAAUAUUCAUGUAAUUGAAGAAAAUAGAAAUAAAUUCUCAGUAAUAGGUGACGUAGAACUUGACAAUGCCUUGGUUCAAGCACAAAAAGAUAUAGAUCAACAGACUAUAGAGGAUGAGGAGAUUGAAUCUUUCGGGAAAACAAAAAUACGAAAAGAUGAAGAAAUAGACAUAUUUAGUCAAACAGGUUUAGCGAAAUGCUCAAAAAACAUUAAAAGGAGUAUAAACAGUCCACCCCAAAAAAGCAAAGAAGAAAUGAUGAGCAUACUUUGUAAAUUAAAUGAUGAGCAAAGGGAAAUUACAAUGCAUGUUUUGCAUUGUUUUAAAAAUGGGAGUUUACCUAUUAGAUUGUACAUCAGCGGCUCAGCAGGUGUUGGAAAAAGUACAGUUUUAAAAGCGAUUUAUCAGGUGUUAUUGAAUUUCUUCGACGAUACACCCGGUGAAAAGAAAAAUUCGUUAAAAAUAUUAUUAUGUGCACCCUCUGGAAAAGCGUCAUUUCUAAUAGGUGGUACUACACUGCACACUGCUUUUGCAUUACCAAUAACACAAUACGGAGGACAAAUGCCAGAAUUAUCAGCAGAUGUAGCAAAUACAAUUCGAGAGAACUUAUUCGAAUUAAAAUUAAUAAUUAUUGAUGAAAUAUCAAUGGUAGGUAGUACAAUGUUUAGUCGAGUCGAUACAAGAUUAAGACAAAUAAUGGGUAAUAAUAGAAGCUUUGGGGGAGUGUCUGUUAUAGUAGUCGGUGAUCUUUAUCAAUUACCACCAGUUAUGGAUAAUUCGAUAUACCUUUCCUCAAAAUCUAGCAUGUUAAGCAUUUUUUCAGAGAACAUUUUAUGGAAUGAAUUUGAUUUUUUUGAGUUGACAGAAAUAAUGAGACAAAAAGAGGAUAAAACAUUUAUCGAGGCUCUUAAUAACCUUGCAAGAGGCACAAUGACUGACAAUGAUAUUGCUCUUAUUAAAUCCAGAGAAACUACAGAGGAAUAUGUUCCAAAAGAUGCAAUUAGAUUAUAUGGUGAAAAUCGCUUGGUUGAUAGUUUUAACAAAAUAAAAAUUAAUUCAAUAGAUGGUGUAGCCUAUGAUUCUAUAGCCAAAGAUUCAAUUUUAGGAAAAAUAAGUAAUGUAGAAGAUGGUUUAGUUAACGGAGCUUGUGGGAAAUUGCAGAAAAUAACUUUAAAACCAGGUACAGAUGAACCAAUGAAAAUAUGGUUAGAUUUCAAUAAUGAUAGGAUUGGUGUUGGACAAAGGAGAUCAUACAUAAGGUAUAUGACUGAAAAUAAUUUUGAGAUGUGUUUGGUUCCGCUCUCACAAGUCUCUAUUGUAUUGAACAUUAAUGAAAGAAUGGGGUAUCAAAUCGUGAGACAACAAUUUCCUAUCACGCCAGCCGAGGCUAUAACAAUUCACAAAAGUCAAGGACAAACAUACGAAAAAAUGUGUAUUGAUUUAAGAGAAAGUUAUCGUAUGACAAGGCCAAUGCUUUACGUAGCAUUGAGUAGAGGGAUUAAUUCACCGCCACAAACUUUAGAGGAAAAUGUAUUACAAGAAGAUUCAUGGUUAGAUGAUAGACCUUUAAAUGAAAUAAUGAAGAUAAUUGAGAAUAACACUACAUUUAAUCGA